GUUGGCAGCCGGUCGUAAGCUGCUGGCGAAAUUUCAGAGGAGAGUGUUAGAGAUGGAACACGAGGAGCGAAAACGAAAGUUGGCAGCCGGUCGUGAGCUGCUGGCGAAGUUUCAGAGGAGAGUGUUAGAGAUGGGACACGAGGAGCGAAAACGAAAGUUGGCAGCCGGUCGUGAGCUGCUGGCGAAGUUUCAGAGGAGAGUGUUAGAGACGGGGGACGAGGAGCGAAAACGAAAGUUGGCAGCCGGUCGUGAGCUGCUGGCGAAGUUUCAGAGGGCAAAGAAGAAAGGCAAGAAGCAGAAGCUGAGUGACAAGGAAGCCUCGCUGUCCGGCCUGCAGAAGAAGCUGAGUGAGAAGAAAGCCUCGCUGUCCGGCCUGCAGAAGGAGCUGAGUGAGAAGGAAGCCUCGCUGUCCGGCCUGCAGAAGAAGCUGAGCGAGAAGGAAGCCUCGCUGUCCGGCCUGCAGAAGGAGCUGAGUGAGAAGGAAGCCUCGCUGUCCGGCCUGCAGAAAGAGCUGAGCGAGAGGGAAGCCGCGAAGGAGCUGAGCGAAAAGGAAGCCGCGCUGAGCACGCUGGAGAGCCGCCUGAAGGAGAAGGAUCUCUCCGUCGCCGAGAGGGAGGCGGCACUAGAGGGCGCUGUAUCGAGACUCGCCGAGGCAGAGAGGGAGCUGUCUUUGCUGCGAGAGGAAGCAGAGACCCCCGUGGAAGGCGAGCGAGGCAACCAUCUCGUCGAAGCAGAGCAGGUAGAGCUCGACUUCAUCAAGGCCAAAACGGUGACCCUCGAGACAGAACUGCUCAACUGGAAGAGAUGCCGACGCCGCCCUGGCAGAGAGUAUGAGGAGGCUGAGCCUCGUGGAGACAAAGGGAAGCACGGUGCCCCCGAGGGCGACUCCCAGAUGGGGAAGCUGGACGAGGCCAACCGGGUUGGCCCCGCCCAAACAGUGGACAGAUGA